CUGCAAUCAUACCGCCUCAAGCACCCAGCAUCUGUGCUACAUCUCCUCCCUCUCCUCUCUUUUCUCCUCGUUAGCUCUCUGACGCUCAGUCCUCUGCAGCUCGGACUCAGCUCUCCUUUUCCUUUUACUGCCUGAACCACACAACCUGGGACUCACAACAUGUCCUCCAACCUGCCCCCAGGGGCCGCGACCGGGGCUAAGAACAAGCCCCUCUCCCCCUUUAGGAAGCGGGGCAGCCUGCAGUAUGCAGCCAGCACAGCUGAUCUCCGAGGUGCCCGCCACCUCCUCACUUCCCAGCAUUCCUUGCCUGGGAUCCCAGUGGCCUUGAAACAAUCCAUUGACCUGCGUACAUCCAUGGACGGGAAGUACAAGGAGAUUGCUGAGGAGCUGUUCUCACGCACUCUGGCAGAGAGUGAGAUGCGCAGCACCCCUUAUGAAUUUCCGGAGGACAGCCCCAUUGAGCAGCUGGAGGAGCGUCGUCAUCGACUUGAGCGACAGAUCAGCCAGGAUGUGAAGUUUGAACCCGACAUCCUUCUGCGAGCCAAACAGGAGUUCAUGAAGACUGACAGUGCCACGGAUCUUGAAUACAUGAAGGAGCAGAGCCAAGAUCCUGACCUACAGGAGAGAGAACCGGUUCCAGAGAAAGAGUACCAGCGAGUUGCUAUUUCUGGAGAGGAGAAAUGUGGGGUUCCUUUCAUGGACCUGUUGGAUGCAGCCAAAUGUGUGGUGAAAUCUCUGUUCAUCAGACAGAAGUAUAUGGGUCUGUCGCUGCAGAGCUUCUGCAGGACCACCGCUCGCUGCCUUCAGGAGCUGAGCGAGAGACCUCUGGACUUUGAUAUCUAUGAGGAGGAGAUCCCAGAGACCUCCGUCAAUGCAGAUGCCACAAUGCACCCACCUGCUCCCGAAAGGCAUCCCUACGAGAACCAGGACCCUGCCAGCAUGCCCCAUGACAUGGGCUACGGCUGCAAGAUGGUGGACGGUGUCAUGCAUGUGUACACAACGAGGAACAUUAUGGAAAAGAGCACCGAGCUGGACCUGCCAUAUCCAGACCUGCAGGAGUAUAUCGCUGACAUGAACGUGAUGAUGGCGCUCAUCAUCAACGGACCAGUAAAGUCCUUCUGCUACCGUCGUCUGCAGUAUCUCAGCUCCAAGUUCCAGAUGCACAUUCUGCUGAAUGAGAUGAAAGAGUUAGCGGAACAGAAAAAAGUUCCACAUCGCGACUUUUACAAUAUCCGUAAGGUGGACACACACAUUCACGCGUCAUCCUGCAUGAACCAGAAGCACCUUCUGCGUUUUAUCAAAAAGUCAAUGAAGAAGUACUCAAAGGAGAUUGUGCAUGUAGAAAGAGGCAAAGGUCAGACGCUCAUGGAGGUGUUUGAGAACAUGAACCUGACAGCGUUUGACCUGAGCGUGGACACCCUGGACAUGCACGCAGACCGUAACACUUUUCAUCGCUUUGACAAGUUCAAUGCCAAAUAUAACCCCAUCGGCGAGUCCAUAUUGAGAGAGAUCUUCAUCAAGACAGACAACCACAUCGAGGGGAAAUACUUUGGCCACAUUAUUAAGGAGGUGAUGGCAGACCUGGAGGAGAGCAAGUACCAGAACGCGGAGCUCAGGUUGUCGAUCUACGGUCGCUCCAGAGAUGAGUGGGACAAACUGGCCCAUUGGGCUGUAACACAUCAGGUCUACUCCAGCAAUGUGCGCUGGCUUGUGCAAGUGCCAAGACUCUUUGACGUCUACCACACGAAGAAACAGCUGUGUAACUUCCAAGAGAUGCUGGAGAAUAUCUUCACGCCUCUGUUUGAGGCUACAUUCCACCCCGGCAGCCAUCCAGAGCUGCACCUCUUCCUUCAGCACGUGGUGGGUUUUGACAGCGUGGAUGAUGAAUCGAAACCAGAGCAACACAUCUUUAACCUGAACAGUCCUCUGCCGGUCAACUGGAACGAGGAGCACAACCCGCCCUACUCCUACUACCUGUACUAUAUGUACGCAAACAUGACGGUGCUGAAUCACCUGCGCAGGCAGCGAGGGUUUGACACGUUCGUCCUGCGUCCACAUUGUGGGGAGGCGGGGCCGAUCCAUCACCUGGUGUCUGGUUUCAUGCUGUCAGAGAACAUCUCCCAUGGGCUGCUGCUCAGGAAGGCUCCUGUGCUGCAGUAUCUGUACUACCUGGCCCAGAUAGGUAUCGCCAUGUCCCCUCUCAGCAAUAACAGCCUGUUCCUCAGCUACCAUCGUAACCCUUUACCAGAGUACCUGUCCAGAGGCCUCGUGGUCUCCCUGUCCACGGACGACCCUCUGCAGUUUCACUUCACCAAGGAGCCCUUGAUGGAGGAGUACAGCAUUGCUGCUCAGGUGUGGAAACUGAGCUCCUGCGACAUGUGUGAGCUGGCCAGAAACAGCGUGCUCACGAGUGGAUUCUCUCAAAGGGUGAAAGACUUCUGGCUCGGCCCCCAUCACACCAAGGAGGGGCAGGAGAGUAAUGACAUUAGGCGCACCAACGUUCCUGAUAUCCGGGUGGCGUAUCGGUAUGAGACCAUGUGUGAGGAGCUGAAUUUGAUCACGCAGGCCAUCCUCACAGAUGAGCAGGAGACCAUCGGGGAGGAGGGGAGUCUGUGCAUGGGAGCUGGGCAAAAAGAGAAGUGAUCAUGCACCACAAAUAAAAAAACUCGACAUCCCCUGUUUUCACAUCAGGACAUUGUACAGAUUUGCAUAUCAACAUAUCACACCUGUGAAAAAAGAAAAGCUUUGUCACAAGACUUUGAUGAGAGAUGCUACUGUGGCAGUAUGAGAGAGGACCUAUAAUCUGUGUACCCGAGAGGUUUACUUCCUUUAGUUUCUUGCGUCAUUCUUUGUGUAAUGUGUCAUGUCAAUUUCAUGUUGUCUCUUGAUGUAUUUUUUUUAAAAAUAUUACGUGUUUUUGACUCCAUUUUUUCAAAGUUUCUGUACAGAGUCUGUAUUUCCUGUACCAAGCAUCGAAUAAUAUUGACAACCCAUUAAAAAAAACUUGUAUAUUUUCGCUUAUUGUCCACGGCGGCGGCGAAAUCAACACAAAAUAAAAGUUCCUCAAUGUAACUUUAAGAAGAUAAUAAACAAUCGUAGCUUUGAAGAUUACUCUGCACUGAAAAUGUUACCUUCCAGUAUAGAGAUCACUGCAACUUGGUUAAAAUAUCCCAAAAGGCAGAAAUAAGAUAAGCGCUAAGGGGCGGGCUUUCAAUUAGAGGCAUAUGUUUGCCCUGCUGUUAGUGUGUAGUUGGAUUUUAUUAUUUUUUCUUUUAAAAUAAACCGAUGACUGUAAAUUGAGAUUGUAAGGACGCAGUAUAGAUAUAAAGUGCUGCUUCCUAUUUCGUGGGCGUAUGUGGCCACAUCUUACACAUUCAUUGCACCUUUAUUUCAGACUUAAGCGUUGCUUUAAGAGCUUGCUAAGUGGAGAUUUAUGAAAGAUUAGUUGUAUAUAAAUAUGUACACAUGUCUGAUGUAACUAACUGCUAUCUAGAAAAUUGAUACUGGCAAAGCUAACAUUAGCAGGUCAGAGCAAUCAGAUAUAUUUUACACUCCUUCAAAAUCAAUAAAAUUGGCAGUUUACUUUAAGUUUUAAUGAUUAUUUGACCUAAAAAAUCUUAGAAAUUAAUAGCUAACUGAAUAAAUAAUGAAUGAUAAAUUAUCUGACAUCAGUCGUUCUCAUAUCCUGGCGACAAACAAAAUGUGUUUAACAUGAUGAAAAAACUUUUAUGAAUAUUCUUUUCGCCAAACUGCAUGAUUUUUUGUUUUUGUUUCGUUUUGUCGUGUAAUUAUCCACAGGACAAUAACUUAUUCUGUAUUCUGGUAGUUGUAAUAUUUAUUACAGUAGUGAUAUACUUCCCCACAGCUGUUAAAUGUCAUAGCGUUGUUGGGAUUUGUUUACAGUCCGUAGGCCUACAGUUAUUCAGUUGCAUGUUGGCUCUUCAAUAUUUGUUUCUGGUGUGGAGUAAAGCUACUCAUGUAGCAGCUUAUUAAACUAACUCUUAUUUUAUGAUUGUUUCAGUCUGAACAUUAACACUGAGCUGUCCUUUAAACACAGAUAUGUAAAGUACAUGGAUAACUCAUAGUUCAGUGAAUGAUGCAUAAUCUGUUCCUUCAGUUUUCACCUUUUGCACAAAAAUCUGAAAAAAGAAAAAAAUGUUGACGCAUCCUUUUUUAAACUGCUGCCUGACGCCUGGGACUUGGUCUUAUCUCCGGGUUUCUUGUUGCUAUUCAAUAUCCCAAAUUGUCCCUCCAAGUCCAAGAGAACUGUUUGUGCUGUUUGUGAAAUAUUAUUUAAUUGUAUUUGUGUCGAAGAAAAAUAAAUGUUCACAUUGGA